CGACGACAACGACGACGACGACGACGACGACGACGACGACGACAACGACGACAACAACAACACGACUAUUGUUAUCAACAGCUAGUGCGAAAGGCCCUAUGCAUUGAUAUAUAAUAAAACACGACUUUAAAAAGCAAUCGAUUGGUUACCGUCAGGAAAGAUGCAUAUGUGCAUAUUUAUAGCAUUAUAGCAAAAGUAAGAAAAACAAGGUGUUGUCGUACACGUAACAGUGAAGUGCGCCCUGUUUAUUCUAGUACUACUACUCCCCUCCAGUUCGUUCGACGACUACAACAGCAGCAAAAGGAUUCAAACAGCUCGAGGUGCCAUCGAGCUACGCAUAUACAAGAAAAGUAUUUAUAUUAUAUACGUAUAUGUAGAAAGAAAGGAAGAGAAGUGUUUGUGUAAGUGCGUGCCUUUAAUAACAUUCGUAAUUCGGCAUUUUCGAUUAUACGUAUCUUCGAUUUUGCCAUCAUUAAGUGGCUGUUACAACUUCAUCUAGUUUGUUGUUCAUUGUGUUGCGUCAUUGUGCCUCGAUGGCUCAAGGUGGGCUAGGAUUUGAUGCAGAUACGUCGGCUGUUCGCUAGAGACCUUCCGUCAAAGACAGCCUGAGGACGGCUGGAACGAACAAAGAAGAAACGUGCAACGGGAAGGAGUGUUAUAAGAAAUCAUUGCUUGGAGUGUUCUAGCGUCCUCUCUGAUAUGCUGCCUGCCUCCUGGCUAUGUCCACUCAUUGGCCAUAACAGUUACCAGAGUCAGUGUUAUCGGUGGGGUUUUUAGUCUGUAGUCUGUCCGGAGGAGUUGGCCUCACUGGCCGCUCGCUUGCAAACUGCGCAUGUGAUUAUCGCCGGUGAGCGAAGUAGUGAAGCCAUCUGCGUGGUGUGAUUUGCGCAGAGCAUCAGCGCGUCCAGUGACGCCGCCGUCCACAGAGACUGCACUGCAGCUUGCAGCCUAUAGCCUAGGCAGCCUUCGGCCUGCAGGCCGCCAACCUCUACAAUAAAUCCAUAGCCCGACUAACGUCAAUGAGCUUGCAGUAAUAACGGCAACGACCGGUCAGUUAGCAAUAAAGUCCUUAGGCUGCUACAGCACUGCUUUCAACAGUGCAAUCAUUAGUCCAACUACUGCUCCAACUUUACGGAAGACCAACCAUUGUUGUCCACUUAUCGGAAGCGAUCCUUUUGGAACUGGAACUAAUAAUCAAACUAAUACUAAUGUUGUAAUCUACAGUCAUUUAUUCCGUCUGUGAUAACUUGGUGUUUGAUUGAUCAGUGACGACGAUAACAGCAGCAGUAGCUACAAAUCCAGCAAGUGUGGUGUCAAUAAUAUCGACAAGAGAAUCUCAUCAACUUGUGUGUCAGUGCGUACACAGAAGUUAUAAAAGACGCCAGCGUCAAAUCAAAGCCACGUCGGCCUCAACAUGAACUCCUACUUCGGUUGGGGGGAACCCUCAGGUUCUGACGUAUCUGGCGCCUACCAGUCGGCCACCCAUAGAAACUACUAUCCGGGAUUAGCUUACUAUUCAACGGGCACACCACCUCAACAGCCUGGUGGCCAUGCGGGCCUUGGCAGCUUGAGCGGCAGCGUUGGGGUAUACCACAAUCCGCCGUCAGUUCCUGAAGUAUCCGACUCUGACAGCGAUCAGAAGUACGGAUCGCCGUCAGAUCCCAACCGUUCAAGCGCAGGAAGUACAGGCAUGAAUCUGAGCUCGCGGAGUGACGGCCGAGAAGACCGUCUUUUGCCAACACCUCAACGAGGUGAAGCUGGCGCCAACGCCGAUCUUGUGGGCGCCUCUGGGGGUUACAGCAACUGUAGUCCGGGUGCAGCUCAGGGAGCGCAACAGCAACCGACGCUCGACAAAAAGUUCUCUCCGAAUCCGCAAUCAGGUGAUAAAGCUAGUCCUGGCCUAGGUUCUCUAGCGCUAGGCAAAGCAGAGCUUGAUGCCGAGCCUCGAGGUCCACCUGGAGCCAUACCCGGAGAUCUCCGGCGAGGCUUUCCUCCUCAAGGCCUCGAUCCCCGAGCACUCGAAGCAGCACAUUCUCCGCACCUUGGUUACCCAAUGGGUCCUGACCCCCUGCGCGGCGGUUAUCCCGGUGGGAAUCCCUCGCAAACCCCAAUUUCCCCCUACUACCCCUGGAUGAAAGGCUACGCAUCCAAUCCGGCCGAUGGCCAGGGCGGAUGUCCGACGAGUGCCCCGAAGCGGACCCGACAGACAUACACCCGGUACCAGACGCUAGAACUCGAGAAAGAGUUCCACUUUAACAGAUAUUUAACGCGGCGACGAAGGAUCGAGAUCGCCCACGCACUCUGUCUCUCCGAACGGCAAAUAAAAAUUUGGUUUCAGAACCGUCGCAUGAAAGCAAAAAAAGAAAGCAAGCUUCAGAACGGGCUAAUUCCUUCUAUGGGACUAAAUAAAUGCCCACCAUCCGAGGUGACCGCCAUUUUGGCUGACGGCAAGCCUGUUACAUCGCUAGAGGCUCACCACGCGCUCAACGGAGGGCCCUACAGCUGAUUGCAGUAUCAUCCGCCUGUAGGUGGACACGGACCGCCUGAAAUGGGCCAAGGCGGUCAUUCGCUUGGUUCGGUGCUAGGGCCUAUUGGACCCCUGCAGGGCACCGGUGGCAGCACUAUAAACAACAAUAACAACAACUCGAUUAGCAGCAGUAGCAACAGCAACCGAAUCGGCCACCACUUGCUUCCGCCAUUGCCCCUAGGUAGCAUCGGUUCCGCUGUGGCAAACGUGUCUCCCGAUGAUCCUGAUGAUGACGACGACGAUGAGGAUGAUGAUCUCUAAGAUGGGGCCGAACAGAAGAACGAAGACGAACGUUGGAAUAUUAGUCCCGAUAAUACUUCUACUACUACUACUACUACUACCACUACUACUACUACUACUACUACUACUACUACUACUAUUACUACUACUAC